AUGAGUGGGUCUCAAAACGCAGCUUCAUUCUCUCUGCCCCCGUCCCCCGGCAGCAUCACCGGGAACCUGUUAAGAGACGCAAAUUCAGAUGCACCCCAGAACUAUACAUCAGAAGCCGUGGAGGUGGGACCCAGCAAUCUGUGUGCUAACAAGCCCACCAGAUCUGAGGUGCUCACUACAGCCUGCGUAGUGCUGGCGACAAGGACUUCAUUAAGAAUCCAAUGGAAGGCGGGCGCGACGCGCCCAGACGGCAGCGAUGGCACCUUUGGCCCGCCAGUUCUCCGGGGGACUGGAGUCCUGCCCGCGUGCCCUGAGCUGGGGUGCGGUCGUCUUCGGGUGGCUUUUAUGAGCACCUUCUGCACAGCCCCCACCAGCGCCAUCCAGGUGACUGUGUCAGACCCCUACCACGUAGUGAGCCUAUUCCAACCCGUGACCCUGCCUUGCACCUACCAGUCGACCGCGACCACCACAGUGCCCAUCGUGAUCUGGAAGUACAAGUCUUUCUGCCGGGACCGCAUUGCUGAUGCCUUCUCUCCAGCCAGUGUUGAUAACCAGCUCAACGCCCAGCUGGCGGCUGGUAACCCAGGCUACAACCCCUACGUGGAGUGCCAGGACAGCGCACGCACCAUCAGGGUUGUGGCCAUCAAGCAGGGCAAUGCUGUGACCCUGGGAGACUACUAUCAGGGCCGAAGGAUCACCAUCACAGGAAAUGUUGACCUGACCUUUGACCAGACUGCCUGGGGGGACAGCGGCGUGUACUACUGCUCCGAGGUCUCGGCCCAGGACCUCCAGGGGAACAACGAGGCCUACGCAGAGCUCAUCAUCCUGGGCCCGUAUUCUGGGAAGCGAACAACCUCUCCCUGACCUGGAAGGACCAGCUCUCCGGCAAGAGCGUCAGCACCAUCAUGGACACCUCCAACGGUGGCAGCUGGCUGCGCGUCUUCCAGCCGGCCACUUACAGGUGCUUCGUGCAGCAAGAGCUCAACUGCUCAAUUCAACUCCCAGAGCAAUGUGGAUCCACUGAAGUUUCUAAGCCCAGGAAAGUCUGAACAACAACCAGAGGCAAAGGAGACCCAGAAAGAAAAAGCCAACUCUGUCCUUAAGGGGCUGAGCGUGAUGAUGCUCGUGGGCACGGUCUUGACUCUGCUGGGGUGUCUGCUCAAACAGUUCCGCUUUUCCCGGAGCCAGAAGAGAAACAAGAUGUUGUUGGUGAAAUAAAGUCAGCCCUUUGGG